GGAAGUCAAGGUAGCCAUGCUUUACGCCGAAGUCGACCCCCGCCUCCAAAGGUAUUGCAUAGUGGAUGGAUCUCGUUUGCACUUGAAAAUCCAUGGCGUCCCCAUGUCUGACGAACUCCUUGACGCCGCGAUUCGAGCUGUGCGAAUGAAUGCAAACAUUACUGCCCUCACACUGAGCCACCUUGGAUGUGGGCCAAAGAUGGCAGUGGUAGUCGCAGAUAUGCUCGAGCAUAAGUCUAGUCUCACGUCGUGUGACUUGAGCGGAAACUCAAUCGGUUCCCACGGUUCGAAGUGCCUGUCCUUGUCGCUCCAUGCCAACGCAAGACUUCGCCGCCUCUCGCUUCGGCAAUGCAACCUUGGCUCGGAUGGUAUUGCCGAUUGGGCAAUGUUUAUUCAACGGGGCCGCAACACCGUUCUAGAUAUGCUCGAUCUGUCUCGCAACCGAAUUGACGACGACGGCGCAGCGAUGUUGGCAUCGGCCCUUCAGCAGCUCAAGUUUACUCCGACACCGACGCGGAAAUGGCGCAUCAACCUCCUCGGGAAUGCCAUCACAGACGCAGGAGUCGCUCACUUGGCUAGUGCGAUGAAAAAAUGCACAGUAGUUACGUCGAUUGAUGUGGCCAACUCCAAGGCCUACGGAAUCGAACAGCCAGAGCGAGUCGUGUUCAUCGAACACUGCGCCCGCCGGAACACCCGUCAAGUGGCUCAUCAAGUCGCAGAAGAGGUGGUUCGAGCGAUGGCCCAAUCUGAGCGAAAGGCCGAAAUCACUCGACUGGAGCAUGUGCAGCUGACGGAAGUGGACUGUGUCAGCCUGGGCCACGCCCUACGUCGAUCGCACGCAACCACGCACCUCGUUCUUCGAAACAACACCCUCACGCUGGCGGGGCUUCGGCUCUUCGCCCCUAGCUUGUCCGUGUCGAUGUCGCUCUUUAGCAUCACCCUUGUGGACAAUAACGUUGGCGGGGAUGGUUUAUUUGCCCUUCUCAUGGCCAUUCGCGACAACUCGACGGAGUGGCCCCUACGGGAGCUGCACAUCAUCAACUCCACUGCAACUUGUCCUACGUGGCCAAGACGACUGAAUGCCCAUAUUUACCACACAUUUGUGCAGGGAACCGUCCGGCUAACUGCUUUGACACUGGCCAACUGCGGCCUCCAAGACGUGGACGUCGCUGCUCUCGUCGCUGGAAUUGCAUGGGGCUGCUCGUUUGAACGUUUGAAUCUUGCUCGAAACCACAUGACCGAUCACGUCUUAUCUGUGUUCCAAGUGCUCUUUCACCGGUGCUUAACCCUUCAAAGUCUGGAUGUGGGAGGUAACCAAUGCACUUUGAACGGCGUAGUGGAUCUGGUGAAGGCGGCGGUCAACCACCCACGGCUCCACGCCCUUCACUUAGGUCGCUUUCCAUGCUUGGACAACGCGAUUCUUCGUAUCGACGCCGUAGUUCAAACGAGUAGUCAAUUGCGUAUCUUAGAAGUCAGUGCCAGUCAUGAACACUCGAAGUAUGCUCCAGUUAUGAUGGCGCUGCGAGCUAAAGUACAAGCCAACCACCACCAGCACAAGCUCAACAUCAGCAGCACCACGACCAUCAACUCCCCCAGUGAACAGAACCAUGCUAACAAUGCUGACAAUGGUGGGGGCAAAGACCAGCACGUUCGAUGGUGUCGGAUGCAAUAUGUGGCUCGACAAGUGGCUCGAGAUGCCAUCGCGUGGCACCUUCGGCCGGUCACCGUUCUGUACGUGGCCGAACAACUAUGUAUGCAACGUCAAGACAUGAAUGCAACGGUGGUGCUGGACACCCACGCCAUGACGGUCAACGACUGGAAUGUGUCGUUGGUGUGGGACCUCAUGGUCGAAGUGCUAUGCAUGCAUCGAUGUGACCUCAAUGUCCACAUAGUGUAUGAAUGCCUCAGCAUGGCAGGCGAAGAUAGUAGACGUUGAUCACAUUGAAUGCAACACAACAAGGCUUAGAUUCGUCAUGGAUGUACGAUACAGUCUGUAUUGACUGUGAGUAGAUUGUAAUACACACGAGAUUGCAG